AUGUCGCUCUCCAGCAACGACCAGGCCGCCAUGGCUCCGUCACAGAUCGUUGAGCACACCGAAACAAACACCCAUAGCAACAUGCCUGCCAUUGUCACCCAGGACGGCACCCGCGAGAUUGAAGCUGCCCACUCACCUGAUUUCAGUCUCGACAGCAAUGAGGACGCAGCAGGUGAGGCAGAAGACGCAACGCCAGACGCAGACAGGGGUCAAGAACACAUACCGCGUCUCGAUACUACCCAGACAGAUACUAUUCAGACUCAACAUGAUGUAUCAAAUACGCACGGGUCCGCUCGUGACACUGCUACGUCUGAAACCAUGACCCAGCAGUAUGAAGCCGCUGCCUCUUCACAUGAUCUUGCUUCCGCCACCCCUACCCAGCCCGCACCCGAGUCUGCUGCUGAUGCGAGCUCAAGUACAGACCAACAACCACAAGAGAGUCAGGAUAUCAUGACGACUGACGAUGUCCAGCCGCCCCAAGAAUCCAACAAUGAAGCUGCUAUUGACAUCCAAGCCCUGGUUGACAACAUCACAGCUCGAGCUGCUGAAGAUGCUAGUCAGGACUCGGUUGCUCAGGAUGCCACGAAUAAUCCUACCACGGCCCAAACUUCUUCUUUGCCACCUAGACCCCCCAUGCCGCAGCAGCCUGCCACUCAGUCGUAUGCGCAGCCCCAAGAUCUCCCCACGUAUCCUGCUGGAGAUCUUCAUCCGGGUAGUGCUAUGACGAUGCCUCCUACCAUGCCUCCUGCCCUGGGCACUUACCCAGCCAGGGCCCCAGGUACUUCUGCGGAGUCUAGUAUUAGUCUCCCACCUUUCCCACCUUCUACCAGUGCCAUGCACAAUACCCCCAUGUCAAUGCCGCAGCACGAUGGUGCUUAUACUGCCGCUCCAAGUGGUCAGCCCCAGCCGUUCGGCCACCAGCAACAGCAGCAAUGGGAUGGCUUUCUCCAGGAGGAACGUCGAUACGUGUCUGAAGCUAAAUGGGAUAGGUUCCCCGACGGAUCCAGACUCUUCAUCGGCAACCUGUCCAGCGAGCGUGUAUCGAAGAAGGAGGUAUUCGAUAUCUUUGCGAGAUACGGCCGACUGGCCCAAAUAUCACUCAAACAGGCAUAUGGCUUCGUCCAGUAUCAUACUGUUGACGAAGGCCAGGCUGCAAUGGAAAACCUGCAAGGAACUGAGAUUCGGGGUCGGAAAAUCCAUCUCGAAUUCUCUCGCACCCAGAAGAAGGAUGGAGAUGGUGAUAAACGCGGCAAUCGUGGCAAACGAGAUGGUGAGCGCAGCGACCGUCGCGAGGGUGGGCGUGGCCGACGAGAUGACUAUCGCCCGGGACGCCAGCCGUCUCCCAAACGUGGCAGUCAACAGAAAGGGAAUUCGCAAGAUGGCAACCACAACGGCCGCGGCCGUGGCAAUCGCGACGGUGGCUUCAAAAGUGGUCGUGGUCGUUCGCGAUCUCCUAGCUUCGGCGGGCGAGAUGCUGCCCAAUACAGACGUCGGAGCCCCAGCCCGCCUCGUCGCUAUCCGGCGGACAUGGAUCUCGACAUGCCGCGUCGCUACGGAGGCGACAUCCCUGACGUGCAGUUCCUCCUCCUGCAAGAGGUUGAACGAGAAUUUGUCUCCUGGGCUGAGCAAGCAUUCAUCAACCAGGGCUUGAAGGUUCUUGUUAUGUUCCUGAACCCUCAAUUUCCUCGAGAGGCAGUGAUUCAACGUCAGGUGGUGGAGGGCGUUCAUGCCGUUGUGGAGCUUGACAUCCGCGCGCAACAGUUGGGCAUGGUCUCGUUCCAAGUCUUUGACCGCUCGGCCGGACAUAACGUCCGCUACGACCAGUACCAAGACCUUGAUCCCAACGUUGCCGCUCAACUGGUCGCUCGGACCAAGGCUCAGUCACAACUCCCGUCUCCGUACGGCACUGGGCAAUUACCACCGGCCCAACAGUACCCGCACGCCCAUCAAGCACCUUACAUGCCUCCGCACUACCCGAACCAACCCUACCCCGGCCACACGAUGCCUCCUGGACCUGUUGGGCCGGGAGGAUCGCUGGACAACGCAACGCUGCAGAAGAUCCUGGGCACGCUACAUGGACAGCCGGGCGGUCAUCACAUGCCCGGACAGCCGAUGCCGCCGGGCGGCGCCCCCGCCGCCAUGAACGGAUUGCAAGGCGGCAUAGGAGGAGGCCAUCACGCGCACACGCCCCAGCAUGCCGGUGUGGGCUAUCCACCCGCACCUGCCAACGGGGCACCCGGCGGCCAUGGCGGGGAUUCGUCACAUCAUGUCCACAACAUCAUGGCACAGCUUUCUAGAUACCGGUAG